AUGGCAGCCUCCUUCCUACACUUCAUCUCCGUCUCCUUCGGCUGGAUCUACUUCUUCUGCUGGUCCUUCUCCUUCUACCCACAGCCCAUCCUCAACUUCCGUCGUUCCUCCACCACCGGCACCACCAUCGACUUCCCCGCCAUCAACGUCCUGGGCUUCAUCGCCUACUUCGUAUCCAACGCGGCAUUCCUCUACUCGCCGCAGAUCCGCACGCAGUACGCGUUACGCCAUCAUGGACUCGCGCCGACGGUGCAGUUCAAUGAUCUAGCGUUCGCGGCGCAUGCGGUGGGCAUCAGUAUUAUUAUCUUCUCGCAGUUUUGGGCGGAGCUGUGGGGGUUUGAGAAGAGGGGGAGGAGAGAUCCGGGGGCGAGGAUUAGUAAGGCGAUUUUGGGGAUUGUGGUGGGGAGUCUUGUGGGGGUGGGGACGGUGGUGUUUAUUGUUGUUUUGCGACAGGAUGAGGAUGCGAAGACUGGGUGGGCUUGGAUUGAUGUGAUAUAUGCUAUCUCAUAUGUCAAGCUGAUUAUUACUUUUGUCAAAUACAUGCCUCAAGUUCUCACGAACUACCGAAACCACUCCACGCAAGGGUGGUCGAUUGUACAAAUACUUCUCGAUUUCGCUGGUGGCCUAUUAUCGAUUCUACAGCUUGGAAUAGACAGCUAUCUACAAGGAGACUGGUCGGGCAUAACUGGAAACCCGGUCAAGCUGAUGUUGGGAAACGUUAGUAUGUUUUUUGACAUUAUAUUUAUUGUGCAGCAUUACUGUUUGUAUAACGGGAAUCAAAGAAAGGUGCAUAAUGAGGAGGAUCCGUUGCUUGAUGGAGCAACGAGGGAAGAACGGAUUGAAUAG